CUGCUCUGUCGCAGGUCGCUUUAACCUGUGAUCUGAUGACGGUGAUGCACCUGUCGUAAAUGUGACAUUGUAACAGGGGCUUACAGCAGGACCCUCACACCUUGCUCUUUUGUCUGACAUCCCCCACACUUUGACAGUGGACUCUUAUUUAUUGGAUUUGCAGUUCUCUGAUACCAACACACACCGUUAUAUUGUAGCACAGAAACUUUUAUUCUGAUUGUUGGACAAUUGAGCUCUUUGCUAAUGAAAGGUAAUCAAAUUACUGUUAACCGCUACUACGCGAACCGCCCCCCCCGCCCGAUUAACUACCUCUAAACUGAUUGGUCAGUACGCGUUUGGACGCAGCCAAUCAGAGGGCGGAGAUCACAGACCCGAGCGGUUCUUAGGAGUGGCGCUCCGUGCGUCCCUCUCAUAAGAAACCUGGAUGUGUUCAGAGUGUGACACACACAUUCAUCGUUUAACAGCUAAUUAAACGAAUUGUCCUGGAGUCUGGACUCUGUGUUUUGUCUGUGUGAGAUUCAGCACAGCCCUAACGACGUGACCGCCGCUUUCACCACACAACCUCUGGAGCAGAUGAUGGUGAGUGAUUACGUCAUUGCCAUAUGAUCACUGACAGGUCUAAAUAAGUCAUGUUUGUCUCCAGACAUAAACCUGGUGUGAAGACAGCCGGCGAAGACAGACAUGUCAGACAACGCCGGUUGCGAGUUUGAAAUCGACGUGGAGGGCCUGGAGACGGAGAGCGACGACCUGGCGGACCCCUCUAGCUGCCCCGGCUCGGCUCCGCUCGGCCCCGCCGCCUCAGAGGACGACGCCGACGACAGAAAGGGAGACCACAAGCCGGGCCCCAGCGGCCUGAGUGCGGGGGACCAGAGGAAACUGAGCCGGACACCGAAGUGCGCACGCUGCCGCAACCACGGCGUGGUGUCCUGCCUGAAGGGACACAAGCGCUUCUGCCGCUGGAGGGACUGCCAAUGCGCCAACUGCCUGCUGGUGGUGGAGAGACAGCGGGUGAUGGCGGCGCAGGUGGCCCUGAGGAGGCAGCAAGCCACGGAGGAUAAAAAAGGAAUAGCUGGGAAACAAAUUCCAGCAGAGAGGAGGACAAUAUAUCAGCGACAUAUUCGACCGUCCACCAUGCUCGCCAAAAGCAUCCUCGAAGGAUACCGACCGAUGCAGUCUGAUCCAUUCCUGGCGGCCAACCCGUCCCUGCCCCCACCGCUGAGCGAUCGCAUGAGGAAAAGAAGGGCCUUUGCCGACAAGGAGCUGGAGACCAUCAUGCUUGAGCGGGAGUACAAAGAACGAGAGCUGCUAGAGAACGGCCAGGCAGCCUCGAAUUCGCUCCUCUUCCCUAACAACAUGGUCCACCACGCUGCAGACUACAACUACAAGACGGCCUAUUCGCCGGCGGCUCAGGUUCAGCCGCAGCCCAAGGAACUUUGUAACUUCCUCAGCCCUAACUGCCUGGAUCUGUCCAUGCAGUACCCUGCCGGCUCAGCCAACGUCGAGCUCAUCUCCUCCAAUGUCAGUGUGGCCACCACCUACUGCCACUACCCGCUGCAGCCAUCACGAGGCAGCUUCAUGAUGUGGCCCCGCAGUGCAUCCAACCUGGGAGAUGCUCUGCUCUAUCAGCAGUGCUUGUUCAAUGCCACGGCGGUGCAGAAUAUGAAGCCAGGUGCUGUGUGGGAGCCCAAGGCGAUGCCUGCUGAGAGCCAGCUGCCCGAGCAGGAGACAGCGGCUGCUCUCGCUGCUAAACUGGAAGGAUCCCGAGCUGCUGCGCUGCAGGACUCGUCAGAGCCUCAACGGGCUGAUCCCAAAUCUCCCAGUGUCACCCAGAGUGUGCACAGGGAGUGCUCAGCCUUCUCUCCACCUAAGAGGAGCUCUGGACAAUCUUUCCCCAACAACUCUCAUUCUCAAAACUCCAGCCACGUCCUGAACAAGCUGAGCAAGGACAGUGCUAAGCUUUCCAUGAAACUCAACACCUUUCACUCCCUCAUCCAGCAAUCGCUGAGUGAAAAAAACAGCGGCGGGGCCGGGCCAGAGCUCAGGGCUCCGUACUGCAAAGAGCUCUUAGAGGAGGCCGCCCGCAAAUUCAGGGAGGGCUCCGGCAAGGACAUUCAUACCGUUAAAGUCGCCGACAGGUACAGCAAAGACUUUCUGUCCAAGCCCAUGGGGACCAAGAUGGUGUCCAAUGAGUCUCUGUCCUUCUCUGUGGAGGCCAUACUGAAAAGACCCGCACCUGCUAUGAGUCGAGCAUUCCAUUAAUUUGUGUCUUUUCUUGCACUAUAAAUGUCACGUUUGUCUCAGUUAGAAGACAUCAGUUGUGGUUUUGGGGUCAAACAAAAUCUAAAACACACAGGCACUGCAUCAGAAAUUAGACUGGAGAAAAAUGAUUUUUUUCCCAGUGUAAUAUAUAUGUACAGUAUAUUAUAUUUUACACGUGCAUGUUCAAUAACUUUAUUGUGUAGAGUAUUUAAACAUUAUCCCAAUGUUUUCCUCAUGUCAAUAAACUUUAUAAGAUUGAACUCUUUCCAUAAAAAGUCUUGUAUUUCAUUUUA